UCAUACUUGAUUAUUAAUAUAUUAUUACUGCAAACGAAUUUAUCUGCAGACCUUUUUCCUUAAACUGCCCGAACAAGGGAACAAAAAAAACACACACACACACACACUAUUUUUCCCCUUGUCAAUUAUUUUCCACAUUUAUGAGUUGAAGAAAGAAGUGAACAAGAAUCGUUUGUCCUUCCCCUUCUUUAAAGAUUGGAUUUUUAGGGCAACCCUUGAGUUUUCUUGAUCUUUCUUAAAACCCCAUGAUCAUUCUUGCAAGAAACUGAAUUAAAAAAAUUUAAAAAAAUUGGGGCUUUAUUUUUUUUGUGCCCAUCAAAUAUAUUUCUUUAUUGAGUAUAAAGAAUCAGAUGGGUAGAAGGAAGAAUAAAUUAUUUGAUAUGAAUGAGGUAGUGAAAUUAUUUUACAAGUUGUUGGAUGAGCAGCCUCUGCUUUUAUUAGUGAUUCCAUUGUUGGUUGUUCUUUGGGCUGUUGAGAAGUGGUUUUUUUCUCUCUCUAAUUGGGUUCUUCUUGCUCUUGCUGUGUGGGCUACAAUUCAGUACGGGAGUUAUCAGAGACGAAAUAUUGUCGAAGACUUGAAUAAGAAAUGGAUGCAAAUGACACUACAAACUUCGCCAACGACACCUUUAGAGCAUUGUGAAUGGUUGAACAAGCUAUUACUUGAAAUUUGGUUGAACUUUAUCAACCCGAAGCUUUCUUUACGGUUUGCAUCUAUUGUUGAGAGACGCUUGAAGAAUCGAAAAUCAAGACUAAUUGAAAAAAUCGAGUUACAAGAAUUUUCACUUGGUUCGCGUCCUCCUUUAUUUGGACUGCAUGGAGUCCGUUGGGCUACUUCGGGUGGUCAGCGAAUAAUGCGAUUGGGUUUUGACUGGGACACGGAUGAUGUAAAUAUAAUGCUGUCUGCAAAGUUAGCUAUGCCUUUAAUGGGAACUGCUCGAAUCGUUGUAAACAGCAUCCACGUCAAGGGUGAUCUUCUUUUGAUGCCGAUAUUAGAAGGGAAAGCGAUAGUGUAUUCGUUUGUAUCGACUCCCGAAGUGAGAAUCGGUGUCGCUUUCGGAAGUGGUGGAAGCCAAUCUCUACCUGCAACAGAGCUGCCAGGUGUUUCGUCAUGGCUGGUGAAAAUUGCGACGGACACAUUGAAUAAAAGAAUGGUCGAACCUCGAAGACAAUGUCUAGCUUUGCCACCUCAAGAUUUCUACAAGCAAGCUGUAGGUGGUGUAUUAUACGUCACAGUUCUCUCAGCUAACAAACUCUCUCGUUGUAAUUCGAAGGGCACUUGCUCGACAAAACAAACAAACUCUUCGAUAGAUACUCAUACAGAAAACCGAGCUGAAAGCAAAGAGCUUCAGACAUUUCUCGAGAUUGAGAUCGAAGAACUUACGAGGAGAACUGAUAUUAGGGCAGGAUCUUGUCCUAAGUGGGACACGACAUUCAAUCUCAUUCUGCACGACAAUGCGGGAAUCGUUAAGUUUAAUCUUUAUGAAAGAACCCCUGGAAACGUAAAAUACGAUUAUCUUACAAGCUGUGAAAUUAAGAUGAGAUAUGUUUCGGAUGAUUCAACCGUAUUUUGGGCCGUUGGAUCUGAUUCCUCCGUGAUUGCCAAGCAUGCCGAAUCUUGCGGAAAAGAAAUCGAAAUGACAGUUCCGUUUGAGGGAUUUAAUUUAGGAGAGUUGACAGUUAGGCUUGUGCUUAAAGAAUGGCAAUUUGCCGAUGGCUCACAUAGCUCGACUAGUUUAAGCAGUAGCUCUCGUCGUUCACUAAGUGGGCAUGGGCCCACGAAUCAUUUUUCGAAAACCGGAAGAAAAAUCUGCAUUACUGUAGUAGAGGGCAAAGACCUUCUUGUCAAGGACAAAAUCGGAAAAUCCGACCCUUAUGUUAAACUGCAAUACGGCAAGUCGAUCCAAAGAACAAAACAUGUCCCACAUUCUUCGAAUCCAGCUUUCCAUCAAAAGUUUGAAUUCGAUGAAAUAGGAGGCGGUGAAUAUUUGAAGAUAAAAUGCUAUACCGAAGAAACGUUCGGCGACGAGAGUAUAGGUAGCGCACGGGUGAAUUUGGAAGGGCUUCUAGAAGGUUCCGUUAGAGAUGUCUGUAUUCCUCUCGAAAAAGUCAACUCUGGAGAGUUGAGGCUUCAAAUCGAAGCGGUCAAAGUCGACGACAGUGAAAGUUCAAAGGGUUCGUCACAUGCAAAUGGUUGGAUUGAAUUGGUUCUAAUCGAAGCAAGGGAUCUUGUUGCUGCCGAUUUUCGAGGAACGAGCGAUCCCUUUGUGAGGGUGCAAUAUGGGCAUUUGAAGAGAACUACUAAGGUUAUGUACAAAACGCUGCACCCAAAAUGGUAUCAAACAUUGGAAUUUCCAGAUGACGGAAGUACCCUCACGUUGCACGUAAAAGAUCAUAAUACUUUAUUGCCAACUUCAAACAUAGGAACGUGCGUGGUCGAAUAUCAUAUGUUGCCGCCCAAUCAAAUGGCCGACAAAUGGAUACCUCUCCAAGGGGUAAAACGGGGAGAUAUUCACGUUCAAAUUACAAGAAAAAUCCCGGAAUUGGAGAAGAAACCUAGCGUAGGUUCCGAUUCUUCCCCAACUAAAGUUCACCGUCAAAUUUCCGACCAGAUUAAGGAAAUGAUGACGAAGCUUCGAUCUCAAAUCGACGAAGACGAUCUUGAAGGCGUAUCGAAGUCGGUGAGUGAUCUCGAAACUCUACACGAGAGUCAAGAGGAAUAUAUGGUCCAACUCGAGACCGAACAAAUGCUGCUAAUAAGCAAAAUAGAUGAGCUUGGACAGGAAAUAUUUAAUUCUUCUUCGUCACCUGAUCUUUUCUUGAAUAGAACUGUUACACUUCCUUGAAUCUUAAUUAAUUAAAUAAUUAAUUAAUUAAUUAAUAUUGUAUCAUAUAAUGUGUGCUGAAGGGGAAAUUGUGCAGAGUGUAUCUGGUUCCUUUAAUUUAAUCUGGUUUUCUGGUAACUUAUUUUUCAGCUA